AUGUCUGGAAAUACACCAGAAGUAACUCGACGUGAACACCAAGGCCGGGUCCAGAAAGGCGAAGUCGUCUGUUCUGGGGGAAAGGCACAGAAGAGCUGGACCAUACAAGACUUACAGUGUCAGGAAUCCAUCUGCUUCUACCGACUUGGUGAGCAUCAGUUAAUUACUAGUAAUCAAGAUUUCUCCAACCGUGAGGGGGUUGCUCCCAAUCAUGAUGCCUCAGUCAAAUACCAGAGACACGAGGACACGGAUUCUGACCGAGAACCUAAGCCUGUCUGUGUGUCUUCCUUGACUCCGGCAGAAAGUACCCCUAAAGAAACCUCCGGGAAGGCCUUCCCUCGCCCUCGACACCUGAAGAAGGAGUUAUGCCAAAGGUGGAAAGCUGUCGAGGACGUGAACACCAAGAACGGAUCAAGGAAAGCAAAGUCGUCUGUUCUGGGGGAUGGUCACAAAAGAAGAGGACCGUAUCAAGCCAGCAGUGUCAGAAAGAACCCUUUGGUCACUACUGACUUGCACUCGACACAGAGAAAAGAAGAAACAAGUGGUUCACUCAACAGCCCCCCAAAACAGAAAGGAUCAGAGACGGACGAAAAGACAAAGCCUGUCUGUGUGUCUGACUAUGAUGAGAUGAAGGGUACCAAAAGAAGCAGGCCGAUUUCUCCAUUUAGGCCAAACAAGAAGUGGAAGCCGUCAAAGGAUUAUUGCCGAUAUGAGAGGAAAGUGAAAAGAUUGAUCAGAUGUUUUAGGAAAUUCAGCAUUGAUGGGUAACCAGUGCAACGUGUCAUCUUGUGCAUUUUUAUGCUGUGACUGUGAUUUUUGUUGUUUUUUUUUUCAUUUUCCUCGGAUAUUUUCAUUUUCUUCCAUGUUUGUGGAAGGUGUAUAUUUCUGGAUUAACCGGAAGAAUUUCUGCAUGUUAUUUACUGACCAUCUGUUUAUAUUUUAUUUACUGAGAUAUUAUUUUUUGUAAGAUUUUUUUUGUUGUUUUUGUUAGUUAUAUAUUCGCCUUUAUCCAUUGGCCUUUACACAAAGACUUUU